AUGAGCCAGACUCCACCUCCCGAAGGCGGCUUCGCUGGGCCAGAGCCGCGCCUCACGCAGGCCGUCGAACCCGACAACUGCAUCAAGAUCCUCCUCGCAACGGACAACCAUAUCGGCUACGCUGAGAAGGACCCGAUUCGCGGGAGGGACUCGAUCAAUGCCUUCAAGGAGAUCCUCGACCUCGCCGUCGCGAACGACGUCGACAUGCUCCUCCUGGCCGGCGACCUCUUCCACGAGAACCGCCCGUCCCGCACCUCGCUCUACCAGACCAUCUCUGCGCUCCGCGAACGCUGCCUCAGCGACCGCCCCAUCAGCCUCGAACUCGUCAGCGAUGCUGGUCUCGGAAUCAUGAGGGAUGCCAACUGGCCAGGGAUCAAUUACGAGGACGAGAACCUCAACAUCGGCUUGCCCGUCUUCUCAAUCCACGGAAACCACGACGACCCUCAAGGCGUUGGUGCUGAAGGCGCUCUCUGCGCUCUCGACGUCCUCUCCGCCUCCGGUCUCAUCAACUACUUCGGCCGCAUGGAGCUGCCCGGCCAAGCGACCGACGACGGCGAAGCGCUCGAAGACGGCCUCAAGGUCAAGCCGAUCCUCCUUCAGAAGGGCGACACCAAGCUCGCGCUGUACGGCAUGGGCAACAUCCGCGACGACCGCUUCGUCUUCGAGUUGACCAACAGGCGGAUCAACUUGUAUCGCCCGUCCGAGAACCCGGAAGACUGGUUCAACAUCAUCCUCGUCCACCAGAACCGCGUCGCACACGGCCCUAACAACUCAGUCCCGGACGAGGCUUUCGGCGAAGAAGCGCACCUCGUCGUCUGGGGCCACGAGCACGACUGUAUCUCGCAGGCUCGUCCAGUACCCGUCACGGGACGGCCAUACUACAUCAGUCAACCGGGGAGCUCGAUCGCGACGAGUUUGGCGAAGGGUGAGGCGAUCCCGAAACAUGUCGGCCUGAUCAAGAUCCAAGGCAAAGAGUUCGAGUUCGAGCCGAUCCGCCUCCGCUCCGUCCGCCCGUUCGUCUUCGAGGAGAUCUCGCUGCUCGAUCAUCACGAGAAGCAGACGGACGACCGGAAGAAGCUCAUGUCGAAAGUCGCUGUGACCAAAUACCUCAAGACCAAGGUCAACGAGCUCAUUGAGCGGGCGAAUCAGGAGUGGGACGAGCUGCAUCCGGACGACGACGGCUCGGAGCGCCUCCUGCCCCUCAUCCGCCUCCGCGUCGACUACUCAGGCGGACCGGACGGGAACAGCCAGUUCGAGGUCGGCAACCCGCAGCGGUUUGGGCAGGAUUUCGUCGACAAGGUUGCAAACCCGCGCGAAAUCGUCCAGUUCCACCGCAAGUCGACGACGCGCAAAGCCAAAGUCACGAUCAACCAGCCGAACCUGAGCGCUCUCGAAGCCGCGAUGGCCGAAGAAACCGAGACCGGCCGCAUCUCGUCGCAGACGGAGAAGGUGACGGUCUCGUCGCUCGUGCACGACUACCUCGAGGCGCAGAACCUCAACGUGUUGAGCGAGAGCUUGAUUCAGAACGCGGUGGACGAGUUUGUUGGGAAGGGCGACAAGGAUGCGGUGGGAAACUGGGUGCGGAAGCUGUUGAAGGAGACGAGGCAGGAGAUCCUACGCAAGGGGUACGAGCCGUCGAAAGAGGGUCCCGAGCAUGAUGACCUCGGCGAGGAGAUGCAUGCCGCGAAAGCCGCAGCCGAAGCGAAGUACGGAGCCAAGGGUAAGGGUAAGGGCAAGGAGAAAGCCCGUGCGCAAGAUUCGGACGGGGAUGAGGAAGACGAGGACGAGGAAGACGAGUCUAGUCAUCGCAAGGCGAAGGGCAAGGGCAAGGCGAAGGCCCGCGAGGAGCGCGACAGUAUGGACGACGACAGCGACGUCUCGAUGGCUUCGUCGUCCGCUCCGAGGACGAAGAAGACGGCUGCGGCGAAGGGUAAAGGCAAGGCGGCGCCGAAGAAGGUCGUCUCGAAGGGCAAGGCCAAGGCGGAUCUGUUCAACCCGGAUGAAGACGAGGAUGACGACGAGGAAGAGGCCACUCCGCCUCCGAAGAAGAAGGCUGCGCCGAAGAAGACUGUCGCCAAGAAGCCUGCCGCCGCCUCGACCUCCACCCGCAAGACGCCCGCUCGCAAUGCGAGCAAGAAGAGCGAGACGCUUACCCUCUCGACCGAUUCGGAGGCUGACAGCUCGGACGAGGCGCCUCCGCCGGGUAGGAAGAGGACGGCGCGUGGACGAGGAUGA